AGCCAGCGCCGCCAUAUUGGAGGAGAAGCCGCGUCCCGUCCGCUGCCUCCUCGGCUGCUCCUGCCGUAGGGGGAGCCGGCCCCUCUGCCCCCGCGGCCGAGCCCUCCCCCAUGCGUCCCCCCGGCCGGCCGCAGCCCCGGCGCGGCUAGCGAGAGCCCGUGUCCCCGGCGCGGCCCCCUCCCGCGCGCUCGGGCUUUCCGGCCGGAGCCAUGACUUCCCUGACCCAGCGCAGCUCGGGCCUGGUGCAGCGCCGCACCGAGGCCUCCCGCAGCGCCGCCGCCGACAAGGAGCGGGUGGCCGGGGGCGGCCCGGAGGAGGAGGGCCGCCGGGACGAGCAGGGCGACGACGAGAAGGGCGACUCCAAGGAAACCCGCCUCACCCUGAUGGAGGAGGUGCUGCUGCUGGGCCUCAAGGACCGAGAGGGUUACACGUCUUUUUGGAAUGAUUGUAUCUCCUCUGGGUUGCGUGGCUGCAUGUUAAUUGAAUUGGCAUUGAGAGGACGUCUUCAACUGGAGGCAUGUGGAAUGAGGCGCAAAAGUCUAUUAACAAGGAAGGUGAUCUGCAAGUCAGAUGCUCCCACAGGGGAUGUUCUACUUGAUGAAGCUCUGAAGCACAUUAAGGAAACCCAGCCUCCUGAAACAGUACAAAACUGGAUUGAACUGCUUAGUGGUGAGACAUGGAACCCAUUAAAAUUGCACUACCAGUUACGAAAUGUGCGUGAACGAUUAGCUAAAAACCUAGUGGAAAAAGGUGUAUUGACGACAGAGAAACAGAACUUCCUUCUUUUUGACAUGACUACCCACCCUCUCACCAACAACAAUAUAAAACAGCGCCUCAUCAAGAAAGUUCAAGAAGCAGUUCUUGACAAAUGGGUGAAUGACCCUCACCGCAUGGACAAGCGCUUGCUGGCUCUCAUUUACUUAGCCCAUGCUUCAGAUGUUCUUGAGAACGCUUUUGCCCCCCUACUGGAUGAGCAGUAUGAUUUAGCCACAAAGAGAGUGCGGCAGCUUCUGGAUUUAGACCCUGAAGUUGAAUGUCUGAAGGCCAACACAAAUGAGGUCCUCUGGGCUGUUGUAGCUGCCUUCACAAAAUAACUGCGAUCAGAUUGAAGUGUUCUUCUCUCUUCUUUAUGUAAAGCAGUUGUUUCUCUUCUAUUGACUAUUCAUGUUUUCUGUAAUUUGUACCUUCUCACAUGAUGAAUCAGCUCUUGUUUCACAGGAAUGAUAGGUGGUGUAUUCCCUCUCCCUUUGUGUAUCUGUAUACGGAUUCUGCUGGUAGAAGAGACUUUCCUGUUUAAAAAAAGUUUUGCUGCCAUAUUGGCAUUCCAUUCCCUAUUAAAUUACAGUUACCUGAAAUUCUUAGUUUCGUCCAUUUUUCACUUUUUGGUUGCUGGAAUGGUUUAACUUGGAAAGCACCUCAAGAAAGAAAUGUGCAUGCACUGUUGGAUCACCAAAUCUCGGGUUGAUGCAGAUGUGUACACGCAUCAGUAACAUUCUGCCGUGCCGUUCAUACAAAAGUCACAAAAAGGCCUUUUAAAUCACCAAAGUUAAAUAUUGAAGUGUCUGUCAGGACAUUUUAUAUAUAGACAUUGGUUCAAAUGUGCUUAACAAAAUUAUUUUAAAAUUAGAAUAUCCAUUAAACAUCUGCACAAAUAGUUAAUGUAAAAUGCCCCAUAAGUUUUACCUCUCAUGUAAAUCUCUUAACAUUUUGUUAUAUUACAACUCUGAAUUACGAGGCUAGUGUAGACAGGUCCAGUUGUUUCACAAAGCAGUUUUGGGAUGGGAUACAUUCCAUUAUAUUCUGUAUAUAGUUUGAAUUGUAUAUUAACAGCCCCCCAUCUUUGUAUUUUGCAAGAUUUAAUUAGUUGUACACCUGUGCCCCUUACUUGCUUUCAGCCAUUGCCAUUGGACGGAAAGAUGGGCCUCUUAUAAAGAGCAUGUGUGUGAACUCUGUGUGUUCCCAAUGUCUAUGGAGUUGUACCAUCCAGGUACAACUCAGCCUAAGCAUCGCCUUUUAUAAUGUUUGUUGUAUGGAAAGGAGACCAGUUGCCGUCAUUGUUUAUAUUAUUUCUGUAUGGAAGAGGCUUGUGACCAGUACAGUUCUUGAGUGCAGUUUUUAAUUUUGUUUGUACACAAGUUAAUGUUUGUCUCUUAAAUGUCAUAAUCUACUUACACUUAAAAAAAUCAAAUGUCAAACCUAGGAGGUCUUGCAUGUAAAUUGUUAGCAAGUAAUGACUACAGUUCAGAUGACUAAGAUUUCUGUAAUGGGAAGCUCUACUAUGUUCAUUAUUUUAUAUACAAUUAUGUUUAUUAGCACAAUGUAAAAAAUAUAAACUUUGGCUUUUUAAAGUUUAUCACCUCUUUACCACUGCUUGUUAUCUGCCACUGGUUUCACAGUGUAAAUAUUAUGCAUUGAGCAAAUUAAACUUUUUUUUUCCUCAUAACAUGCAUACUAAUAGUGGGGCUUACAGGUGUUUAGAAACUUUUUGGUUAACAUUCAGAGCAAAAAUACUAAGUGGUGUAUAACUGUAGAGUUGAAGUUUAAGGGAUCCCUAAUCUGUAUACUAGCUUUUUACCUACAGUAAAUAAACUAUGAUCUUGAAAGUG